AUGCACUUCAAACUUCCAUGUGAUCAUAACAGAGUUCUCUCGAAAUGUUUAGGAAUCACAGGUUUGAUACUGCUUCUAGUGGGGCUUUAUGACAACUCAUGGGUGCUCCUGCAACUACUGCUGGUGCCUCGUUGCGGCGGUAAGACACCGGUCCAGUACGAGACGGACUGUGUGGGACUGCACUACAACCCUCAAGACGUGGCCCGUGCAGGAUUAUGGGAAGUGUGUCAUUUUUUCCCCUUUGGUUAUAUCCCCGAGUUUUACUACCACACGGAACCAUAUUGCUCCAAAUUCUCAGACGAUGAAGAACCGGCGGAGUGGUUGGACACGGCACAGUUUCUGUGUCAGCUAGCGGUGGCUCUGAACGUUGCUGGCAUGUUGGCGUGCGUGCUGGCGGACAUUGUCAGGUCGAGGGACAUCUGUGACACUGGUUCUAUAGUACUUGUAAUCAGUGCUGCCUGCGGACUUCUAGGAUUGACCAAAUAUUACUCAAAUAUCAGCAAGGCGUUCUUGAUACCGUACAAACGGAACAUUGUCUCCAUGUACGCAAACCGAGGCACGUUUUACUUCAUCCAAGGCUGCGCCAUGACCUUAGUAGCCGGCUUGUUACAGGCACGGAUCAAACUCUGA